GACACCAUGGCCCUCACAAUGAAUGGUAUCAGAGUGGCGGCUCUGAUUUUGUCGCUAUCGUCAAUCGUUGCGACAAUAGGUCGGCUUUGGAUACGUACGUCACAGAAACGGCUUUGGUGGGAUGAUGCCGCCGUGGGCAUGGCUAUGGUUCUUCAGCUACUCCAGCUGGUCUUUACUCUCAUUCGUUACAAUCCUGAGGACUACACUAACACCACUAUGGUCGCCGCGUACUACAUGGCUUCAGAAGCGUACUACGGCGUCAUCUGGUUCUCCAGGAUAUCCCUCCUUUUGAUCAUCUAUCGCCUGACUGUCCGUCAACUUGAGCGUCGAAUUCUUAUGGGCUUGUGUGGUGUCUUCAUCGCAAUCAUAGUUCUCCUGGUCUUCCAGGCGAUCGGCGUAUGCGAGGUGAACCCAGCAUGGAAGGCUGAACUUGUUCCACAAUGCGAUCUUGGAGAGGGAGUUGCCAUCACCCAAGCUAUUACUGUCGUUUUGUCGGACUUCAUCCUGAUAGCCGCACCUAUACGCCUGGUGUGGAAGGUCAAGCUGACACCCGCUCAGAAGAUUCGUCUCAUCGCCAUCUUCUGCUCGACCGCGAUUACCACGAUCGUAAGCUUGGUACACAUGGCUUACCUUCUUCGAGUCGGCGGACUCGACGAGAUCAUGGCCGGCAUCGCCGAGAUGUCGGUGACGUUGAUCGUUGCCAGCCUGAGCGUACUUGUCGCGUUCUUCACGCACGUCAGUGAUAGCCAUCACGGUAGCUCGGGCUCGGGCUCGGGCUCAGGCUCUGGAUCGCGCCCCACCAAGAGCGACAGAACGCGGUCAACAGUUGUAUUCACGCCUCCAUCUCAUACGAGACGGCGGGCGGAUGACGUCAUUCAGGUUGGAGUGGACAUCGACCUACAGACCUUCUCAGAGGACCGGUGGAAAGUUGACCGUGACUACGAUCGUGUUUCCUCAGAGUUGCCAGGUUCAACAGAUAAGAUCCCACAUGCCGUCUAGUCAUAUUUACUUCCGCUUCGUGUAUCCAUUAUUCCUUUGUUACCGCAUGCAAUUGCCGAUCCAUAUCAUUAUUCGACUACCACUUGUAACAACGGAUUCAUAAUACAUCGAUACCCGUACCUCUA